AGACACGGUGCUCACCCCAAACCGACCCUUGCGGAAAAAGAGAAGGGGGGGGGGAGCUGCACCCGGGCCGCGGGAGGAGGGGAUCCCAAAGCCGGGAGAGCCGGGGUGAGGAGUGAAGGGGCGCCCAACCCUCCGCCGGUCUUGGGACCGGCUCACUUCGAAGUCCCUCCCGCUGAGCGUGAGGGGCGCGCGCUGUCGGGUGGGGGCCGGGGCUCCCCCACCCCACUCCCCAAGCCGUCUCGCGGUGCUCCGGGCUCUUUUUUGGCCUCCCGCCCCUGCUCCCCGCUUCCACCAUGACAGUGAUGUCUGGGGACAACGUGGACGAAACCUCGGCCGCCCCUGGCCACCCCCAGGAGGGCAGCUACCCCCGGCAGGCAGACCACGACGACCACGAGUGCUGCGAGCGUGUGGUGAUCAACAUCUCGGGGCUGCGCUUCGAGACUCAGCUCAAGACCCUGGCACAGUUCCCCAACACGCUGCUGGGCAACCCCAAGAAGCGCAUGCGCUACUUCGACCCGCUCCGCAACGAGUACUUCUUCGACCGGAACCGGCCCAGCUUCGACGCCAUCCUCUACUACUACCAGUCGGGGGGCCGCCUGCGCAGGCCGGUCAACGUGCCGCUGGACAUGUUCUCCGAGGAGAUCAAAUUCUACGAGUUGGGCGAGGAGGCCAUGGAGAAGUUCCGGGAGGACGAGGGCUUCAUUAAGGAGGAGGAGCGCCCCCUGCCGGAGAAGGAGUACCAGCGCCAGGUGUGGCUGCUCUUCGAGUACCCUGAGAGCUCAGGGCCCGCCCGGGUCAUCGCCAUCGUGUCCGUCAUGGUCAUCCUCAUCUCCAUCGUCAUCUUCUGCCUGGAGACGCUGCCCGAGCUGAAGGACGACAAGGACUUCACGGGCACCAUCCACCACCCCGACAACAGCACGGUCGUCUACAGCUCCAACAUCUUCACCGACCCCUUCUUCAUCGUGGAGACCCUGUGCAUUAUCUGGUUCUCCUUCGAGCUGGUGGUGCGCUUCUUCGCCUGCCCCAGCAAGACGGACUUCUUUAAGAACAUCAUGAACUUCAUCGACAUCGUGGCCAUCAUCCCCUAUUUCAUCACCCUGGGCACGGAGAUAGCAGAGCAGGAGGGGAACCAGAAGGGCGAGCAGGCCACUUCGCUGGCCAUACUCAGGGUCAUCCGGCUGGUAAGGGUGUUUAGGAUCUUCAAGCUCUCCCGCCACUCCAAGGGGCUGCAGAUCCUGGGCCAGACCCUCAAAGCUAGUAUGAGGGAGCUAGGGCUGCUCAUCUUCUUCCUCUUCAUCGGGGUCAUACUGUUUUCUAGUGCAGUGUACUUUGCCGAGGCGGAAGAAGCUGAGUCUCACUUCUCCAGUAUCCCCGAUGCUUUCUGGUGGGCGGUGGUGUCCAUGACCACUGUGGGAUACGGUGACAUGUACCCUGUGACAAUUGGAGGCAAGAUCGUGGGCUCCUUGUGUGCCAUCGCUGGUGUGCUGACAAUUGCCCUGCCCGUACCUGUCAUUGUGUCCAAUUUCAACUAUUUCUACCACCGAGAAACUGAGGGGGAAGAGCAGGCUCAGCUGCUCCACGUCAGCUCUCCUAACUUAGCCUCUGACAGUGACCUCAGCCGCCGCAGCUCCUCCACCAUGAGCAAGUCUGAGUACAUGGAGAUCGAAGAGGACAUGAAUAAUAGUGUAGCCCAUUACAGACAGGCCAAUAUCAGAACUGGCAACUGCACCACAGCCAAUCAGAACUGCGUUAAUAAGAGCAAGCUGCUGACCGAUGUGUAGGAAGAGCCAGUGAGCAAAAAAGCCCCACUCAAAAGACUUAACCCCCGUGACUCUGGUCACCCUGUGUAGAUACUUUACUAAGUAGUCUUUGAAUGCUUUACUCAACUGGCAAUGCAUUGUUGCAUUGUGAAUUUUGGGAGUGGCAAACCAGAAACUUUCAAGAUCCAUGCACACACACACACACACACACACACACACACACACACACACACGAAACUAUUUUUGUUUUGUUAAAAAAAAGGAAAAGGAAAGAGUAUUUUCUAAAACCAGCUUUUAAAAUGCAGCCCAUGAAACUAGUCCAGGUAAAAUAAGAUUCCUUUUUGCCCUGUGAAACAUUUCUGAUUUUUUGGCUUCUUAAAAAAAAAAAUUUAAAACUAAACCCCGGAUGAUCAGUUAGAAACACAAAAUUAAAAUUUGCCCAGAAUUCCAACUUAAGAUCUUUGCGAACCUUGCAGCAAGGUAAGGGCAGUGCUUCUAAUGUAAUAUACCAGCUGCAAUGGGGCAUGAAUACAUGGUUUGAUUUUGAUCAGCUGAACUGCAUAUUGCAAGGUAAACAAACCCAAAUCCCUUCAGACUGGUUCACAAGGCUCCUUAUCAGUCUGAUACUGGUCCUGCUCCAUGAGGAUUUUCCCACUGCCCCCUUCUCAGACUUCUAAUCCAGACUAUUCUCUGAGAAAAGGACAGCUGAGUUAAUUUAAGUGGUGCAUCUGCAGAGCUGCUGAGAGUUCCCAGCCUCAGGGGAUCCCAGCUGCCAGGGACCCAGCCUGCAGAACUGCAGAACUUAGUCUCCUUACGGCAAGAGAGCACAAAUGGAGUCACAUGUAAGCAUGCUGGAAUCUGGUAACAUUUAUUUUAUUUAUCGCAUGCUGAGAACGUUAACCCAGGCGAUAGGGAAUAAGUUUACUUUGAAAUCAACUCUUCUAAAAACAGAUCCGUUUUCAUUUGCAUUCACCAAAAGUGCACUCCUUCAUUUAUUAAGUCUUUUAGUAAAUAAAGGACUGUCUUCAAGUGCAUAUGUUAGUCAGAUGGGGACAAUAACUUUUUGGAGCCCAGCAUGUUCUCUUAUUAAGCAUUAUGGCCUAUUUGAUGAAGAUGUACCUUGAAUUAAUUAGUGCAUGAUUUCAGUAAUAAACCUUACAAAUAAAAAUUUACAAGUCCGUGGGAUGAAAGGCCCAAAGAAAUAAUGGGGGUGGGAGUGGGGGGGCACAGUCAAUUUUCCCUUGGUCAAUCAGGGAAUCGUCAGGUUUCUGUGCAGGUUGGGGCAGAGAGAGGACUGAUAUGCCCAUCCCUAAAUGGGAACUAUGUGGAAACUUAAGUCAUCGAGGUAUAUAUAGUAACACCUAAGAACAAGUAUUCUUUCUAGUUGAAGAUAAACCAAGCAAAACAAACACACAAAAAAGGUGCAAUAUUGCAUGUUUUUGGUGCAUUCUUAGGAUGUAAGUGAUAAUGUUUAUCUCUUGUAUGCAUCCAAAGCAGAGCUGAUUUCUUUUUGCAGUCAUGAUUUGAAGUCUGUUAAGACUUCAACCCUCCCCUUGAGGCUCCCUGAAGAAACUCAACCAGUUGAUUUAAUAGUUGCUUAGUGCCUUUAUCCUGUACCCACAGUGAACUGCAGAAAGUGCCUCCAUAACACAGCUGAGAAGUUAUGUAAUAAGAGGGAGGAAGGGUUGGGGCACAGAUACUUUGCUUUUUAUUUUUUUAUUUGGUUUCGUUUUUUCAUCCUCACCCUCACCUCACCACUGUGAGAAGCCUGCUGCACCCUGGAUCCUGGAGAGCACAGGCCCGGGAGGGCGCCAUCUCUGGCCAUCCUCUGGACUCCGUCCCUCGGACAGCCUGACUGUGAGCGUGACCUGAGGCCCAUCUUUGAACUAGAUAUGGACCAUGAGCUCGUGUUUUUCCUCUUCUCCACCAGAAACCAAGACAAACUUUUGGGGAAUUUGUGUCCCCCCAGAGGGCCGCUCUGACGCAUGAAACUUCGUCGGGCCCAGUGUGCAGUCAUGGUACAUUUCCUUAUUUUUUUUCUCCGUUUGCUAUAGUACUUUGCAAAUCUCAAAUAGUCUGAUCUCCUUGGGCAUUGUAGGAGACUUGGGAACACAGUGCAUAAAGACCUUCCCUGGGUCUGCCCUCUUGGCCCAGCCCAUAGGUUCCUUCUGAUGCACCUGUGACCUUCCCACCCGGCAGGCUGAGCAUCUAACUUCUGCUGCCCCAAGCCCCCGAAGAGGAUGAUAGGGACCCUGUGCCAGUGGGGAGAGAGCCACACACUCAGGCCUCUGGAGCCAGCAGCUGUCCGCCAGCAGGGAGGCACUCCCACCCUUUUGAAGUGGGGAAUCUUUGUUCUUCGCUUAGCAUGCAGUCGCCUGCUGCUGACCACCUUCCACUCCUGCCCCACUGCUUCUGGAAUCUUCCCUGUGACUUCCAUCUCUUCCCACCAUCUUAUCCUUGAUCUAUCAGUCAGGCAGCCAACCAGAGGACCACUGGGUCAGGCUGGCUAGCUGGGUUCAAGGAAGGAACACGGAUGUGUAUUUCCCUGUGCAACUUUUGAAUCUGAAAGGUGAAGACAGCACACUUCCUGGAAGACGAGGGGCCAACGACUGCAGCCUCUGACUCCAGGGCCUCAACUCCUGUGCGGUGUUCAACCGCCCUCCUCCUGGCCGUCCGUCUCCCCCAGCUUCACAGCUCCCCCAGAUGGGGAGGAAAUUGUAGACCCUCCCCAAAGUUCCAGGGAUAUCUCGAUCUUUUCUUUUGACUUUGAGGUCCAGGACACAACAGAACUUAAAACGCUGCGCUCUGUCAACAGCAAUAAUCCUCUCAGUACUGUUACUAUGGGAUGGAUGGAUAGGUAAGGGGGGCAGGGCCGAGCCAUGAGGCUGACUCACUGUGCCGGGCGCUCCUCAUGCUUCAUUCAGGCUGGCCGAGGCUCCGCACGCAUGACAGGAGUGAGUACUGCAUGCAGUGAAGCUGUCUGCCUGGGUUGAGGAUGAGCUGUUGUUAUGGAAUUGGGUGUACGGGAAGGAGUGCUGCUUAUCCAUCGUAGCUCAUUGCAGCGAAUGGUGAGAGCGGAGUACAGGGAUUAUCUGUGUAGCAUAGGCAUGCGACCUCUGACCCAGCUCUUACCCUUGCACUGUAAUGUGCUGAGAUGUUUUUGUAGGCCUGAAGGUGCACUUAACAAAACUACCUACUAAGGAACUACUAUUGUUUGGCUUCCUUAUCUCAUUCUUAUUUGAUCAGGCUUUUUGCCUUCCCAUCCCUUAGGUACUGACCUUUGAAGGCUCAUUCCCCAAUUAUUAGUUUUCUUCAGAAGAAGACUUCUGAUGUGCUGAUAGCCAUAGUUCAGCCCUUCCAGUGGGGCCCUAGUUCAGUGGGGGCCUGAAGGGCUGGCCACCCCAGGGCUGUUAGUCACCCCAGAAUCUCUGCCGUGAUUAACUCACCUCAAGUGAUCUGAACCAGAGAGACCAAAGACAUUACCUUUCUCUGUCCUCAGACUCUAGGUCCCAGAUCCUAGCUAGGAGAGGGCUUUCUGUUUGCACCCUUCCCCUCCCAUCUGUGCACACUUCCGCCUCAGGCCUGGUGAUCAGUCACACUCAUCUGCUGGGUGUGUGUUAGUGGUCAGCCCCGCACAAUCUGAUCAGCGAACAGCAAGCUUUUCUCCUGCACGCUGGCCAGUGGGCAUUCAUUUCUCUAACAUAAACUUGUAUGGUGCAUUUAGAUUCCACAGUGGAGAAGCUGAAGCACAAGGACACCAUGAUCUCCAUUCGCUUGGGAAGAGACCAGAAAUACACGUAGAUGCUACAUGAGGGGUACAUAUCUCCAGAAAGGGCCUUCUUCAUGUUGCAUAUAAUUAUGCAUUUUUCAAAUUAGUUAAUAUCAGAAAGAAUCAGUGAAAAAUAGUUCCUAACCCUCCCAUUUAAUAUAGGAAACCCAUGCUUUUUAACAACCUUAAAUUCUAAUUCCUUGUUUGGUAGAUUGGAUUGAGCAGAAAGGAAACCGUAUUAGUGGAAGGCGACUCCCCAUUUUCUUCCAGGAGUGACUUCUUGGGAGUGGUGAAAAUUGGUGGGUGGCAGCCGUCCAUAGGAUAAAAUUGUUAGACUAAACUGCCAAACAGCCACUUUAUCUUCCAGUUCUUUUUAAGCAAAAGGGAAGUCCUUUGAUGUUUAUGUUCAUGUUAAGAAGACAAAUAAACUUUUAAGUUUUUAAAACCAGACCCCCCACCAAAAAAAAUGCAGGUUGAAUUGUGAUCUCAGGAAGUGGCCUCUCGUCUACCAUGUGGCAUAUUAGCGCUCACAUUUAUAUUGGGGAAUUUCAGGGUACAUGUGAACAUGUCUGGCAUGACUCAGGUAAAUCUUACAGAAUGUACAUUACUUGCACUUCUCCAGUGGAGCGAACAGGGACUGAACGGGUAGGUGACUGAAGAGGCUCCAGGACUGUGGAUCACCGCACACUCUGGCAGGCUGUGGGUGCAAGGCGGGAGCCUGCGGGUCUCAUGCUAGUCUCUGCUCAGGUGAAGUGGCCCGGGGCUCCCUGGGAAAGCCCCGUGUGUAUGGAAAGGGUGAGGCCUCACUGCCCCCAGGGCUGCGGGCUGUAGGGAGAGAACCCCAAGUCACGCUGAUUUUCACUUAAGACAUGAAACUUCCAAGAGUCUCCACAUUUUGUCCCACAAUCAGAGAAGAACAAGGAAUGGUGUAAGGGAACAAAGCAAAACAAAGCAACCCUUGUAGAACAUUCCAAGUCAAAAGCUAUCUCCUCUCCAAAACUUGCAGACCCCUUUUUCUCCCCAGUGCACUGUUCGGGGACCAUGUGUGCAGUGGCUGUCAGUAGACUGGAUUUUUAUGACACACCUCUCGUAGGAAUGGUAACAUUAGAGGUUAAAACUGAGGGUGUGAACCCUAAGUGCACCAUCAGGACGACAAACCAUUGAAGCUGAAAAGGCUUUCCUUCUCCAGUUUGCCAUUCGCCUCCCCCUUGAGUUAAGGUUGUGUCUCAUUUUCUCUCCUUGCAGUCCCCUUGCCCUAACUGUUUACCACAUCAGGUAGAGGACGUUGAAUGUUACGAAGUGAGAACCUAAUUCAUGAGCAUAGUUUUCAUCUAUGCAAUUUUACUUGCUUCUGUCACUUUAUGAUCUGUUCAUAUUUGGCAUCAAUUAAAGGUAAUUUUUAAGGAUCUUAUC